AUGCCAAAUUAUGCAAAGUUUAUGAAGGAAGUGAUAUCAAAUAAGCAAAAAUUGGAGGAAUAUGAGACAGUAAAAUUGACAGAGGAAUGCAGCGCUAUUUUUCAAAAGAAACUUCCUCAGAAGAGAAAAGAUCCGGACAGCUUUACUAUUCCGUGCACCAUUGGAAGCUCUUCCUUUGAAAAGGCCCUCUGUGAUCUAGGAGCAAGCAUCAAUUUAAUGCUGUUAUCAGUCCCUCACCUACCCACGAGGAAUUAUGGAAGACGUGUUGGUAAAGUCGAAAAAUUCAUCUUCCCAGCUGAUUUUGUGGUAUUGGAUAUGGAAGAAGAUCAGGAAAUUCCACUGAUUUUAGGCAGACUAUUUUUAGCAACUGGAAGGGCAUUAAUUGAUGUACAAGGGGGACAAUUGACAUUGAGAGUGAAUGAAGAAGAGGUGAGGUUCAACAUUUACCAAGCAAUGAAGUACUCAGAUGACAAUUACACUUGCCACAGGAUUGAUUUCAUUGAUUCUGCUGUGAAAGAUGAGAAAUUAUGUAUUGAAGAUCCUCUCGAGCAACGGAGCAAGGAUUUGGUUGAUUACAUAUUAGCUCUUGAGUCUACAUCAGUUGUGGAAAACCCAUCACAAUGUGAGGAUAUUCAACAGUCAGAGGAAGCAGAUGACAAAGAAAGCAAUGAAAGCAGUAAGAUUGAACUGAAGCAACUACCAGAUCACCUUCGCUAUGCAUUCUUGGGGGAUAAGUCUGCAUUUCCAGUAAUUAUUUCUUCAUCACUCACCAGAGACAAAGAGGAUAGAUUAUUAAAAGUGUUGAGGGAUCAUAAGGCCGCUUUGGGAUGGUCGAUAGCUGACAUCAAGGGGAUAAGUCCUACAAUCUGCAUGCAUAAAAUCCUCAUGGAAGAGUCUUACAAGCCAUCCAUCUAA